UAAAUCUUAAAUUCCUCCCUAUUUUCUUAUCUUCCAAACGCUGCAAACCUGACAAACAGCUCUCAGAGCGAGCCCACAAAAGCGCGCCAAAAAAAACCACCAUGCCUGAACUUCCAGAGGUAGAGGCCGCGAGAAGAGCCGUCGAAGAGCACUGCGUGGGCAAGAAGAUUACGAAAGCUGUGAUCGCUAAUGACUCAAAGGUCAUCGAUGGAGUCUCUCCUUCAGAUUUUGAAGCCUCUCUUCUCGGUAAAACCAUUGUCUCUGCCCACAGAAAGGGUAAAAACAUGUGGCUCCAGCUCGAUUCCCCUCCUUUUCCUUCCUUCCAGUUCGGAAUGGCGGGUGCUGUAUGUAUAAAGGGUGUUGCAGUCACAAAAUAUAAGAGGUCUGCUGUCAAGGAUACUGAUGAGUGGCCAUCCAAAUAUUCGAAGUUAUUUAUUGAAGAUUGCACAAGUAUAUUGGCACAACUUGUGGUUGCCAAAUGAUCAAUGGUGAGCAAGGUUCUGAACUGCUAGUGAGAAAAAAUGCAAGUGGCUUGAAGAUUAGCAAAAUUUGAGCAUAAAACAAAGCAUUUGAAUCAUGGGAAAUCGCCUAGCAGUUUCCAUACAGUGAGGAUAGCACUCUGCAUGUAAAAUAGAAGAAUGAAAUCAUAGUGAAAGCUCCAGGUACUUAGACAGUGCUAUAGGAUGGCAGUUUCACUUGUGUGUUUUGUUUCAACAUAAGUUGGGAAGUGUCUGUCACCUAAAAGCACCAUGUGUUGGUGGUUUCACUAAAGUGUGCACUGCAUUCUCAUUUAUGCCAAAGUGCCAGUUUUGUUUCAAAAAGUUUGCACACUCUAGGUGGUUUAAAAGGUGGUUAGAGGCUCAAAUAAAAAAAAAGUUGGUUGAUGGAAGGCCACUUAAUGCUUGCAUGAUGUUCUAUUCAGCUCCUUAAGCACCAUUUGUCUAAAAACUCUAUUGGUUGUAUUAGUUAGAAAUCUUUUUCAGCUUUCAUCAUUGUAAGCAUUCUCUCUUCACUUAACAAACAUGAGAAUGGAUAGGUGAUCCACAAUUAGGUUUGGCUAAGGUUUUUGUUUUUGAAGAAAGGAUGAAUUUUGGUUGAAGAUCCAACUCUCUAAAAUGGGAUUUGGUUGGAGAUAUUUGAUGGUAUAAAUCCAUUUUUUGUGUUUUGCUAAUAAGAAUUGAAGUUUUCUCCUUUGUUGUUCUCUAA